AUGGGUGUUCCCGAAGUCAUUGCAUUGCUGUUGGUGGUCGAGAUUGUGCUCUCUGCUCGUCUCCCACUAAAGUCCGAUGUUUCUUUCUCUGAGAACUACUAUGUCCGAUGGGCCAACGAUCACACGCGAAUGCUCAACGGUGGCACCGAAAUGCAGCUUGUUCUGGACAAGGCGUCAGGUGCUGGAUUUGGAUCCCGGAGCAAAUACUUAUUCGGUCAUGUCAGCAUGAAAAUCAAGCUGGUUCCGAAUGAUUCCGCUGGAACUGUGACGGCAUUCUACAUGUCAUCCGAGACUGACAAGCACGAUGAGAUCGACUUUGAGUUCUUGGGGAAUGUCUCCGGGCAGCCUUACAUCGUCCAGACCAAUGCUUUCGCCAAUGGCGUUGGAAACCGGGAGCAGCGACACUACCUCUGGUUCGACCCGACUCAGGACUUCCACAGCUACUCCAUCCUCUGGAACAAGCAGCAGAUCGUAUUUUACGUCGACGAUGUCCCUCUGCGUGUCCACAAGAACAACGAAGCCAUCGGGAUCCCAUUCCCAAAGAGCCAGCCCAUGGGGAUCUACUCGAGCCUGUGGAACGGAGACGACUGGGCUACUCGCGGUGGCCUGGAGAAGAUCAACUGGGAUCACGCUCCAUUCGUGGCGGCGUACAAGGGAUUCAGCGUGGAUGCUUGCGCAGGGGGCGUGGAAUCGUGCAGCGCUCCCAUGGGCAAGUGGUGGGAGCAAGAGGCUUUCCAGAGCAUCGACCAGGAAGCCAAGGGCCAGCUCCAGUGGGUCAAGGACAACUACAUGAUCUACGACUACUGCAACGAUAGCAAGAGGUUUCCCACCAUUUCAGCCGAGUGUGAGAGAGAGAGAGAGAGCAUGUUACAUUGUAAAUCUCUUCUGGUUUAA